AUGCCUUCGGCCCAACUCACAAACAACUUGAAGCGUCCCGCCGACGACGCCUCUGAUGUCGACCGCGACGACGGCACCCAAACCCAACCCUCGACAACACCCGUCCACAAGCUGCAGCGCAUCGACAGCAGCUCCGGCAUCGCGGCCGCCGACUACGCCAACCCCAACUCCAUCAAGAAGAAGUCGGCCGGCAGCAGCAGUCGCACAGGUCAAGCAUGUGACCGUUGCAAGAUCCGCAAGAUACGAUGCGACGCACGACCGGGUGGCUGCUCGCCAUGCCUCCAGAACAACACCGAGUGCAAGACGACGGAUCGCAUUACUGGUAGAGCCACGACGCGGGGUCACACCGAGCACCUCGAGAACGAGAAUGCCCAACUCAAGAUGUACAUGGUCGAGCUGCAGCAACAGCUAAGAGACAGUGGAGUAGAGCCCAAGGCACCGCCGAGUGCGCCCGCAGGAUACCUUCCGCUCGGCCAAUGGGGUAGCUGGGGAGAUCAAGGCUGGGGCAUGCAGUCCAACAGCAAUGGCAAUAGCAUCCUCUCUCCACACCACACAUCGCGACAUCGCUCCAGCUCGGCAGCAGCACAACUUCUUCCCGACUUCCGGCCGGGUUGCACUGGCGACAACUACCUGGGAGUGUCGUCAGAGAACGACUGGCUCACUCCGAUCGAGGGCACGUCGCUGGCCCUGUUCGGCACCAAGAUCGACCUGGCCGAGUUCAUGCCUUCGGAGAACGACCCAGCAUCCUCGGCCAUGUCAUAUCGCACCUUCCUCACCCACGCAUACGGCAGGACACACACCUUCGCAGCACAGCUACCAGCUUACGAGCAAUGCAAAGUCUACGCCGACUGGUACUUUCGCUCCAUACAGCAAUUCAUCCCCAUCCUGCACAAGCCGCACUUCAUGGAGCUUUUGGAACGAGUCUACCACCAGGAGAACUACCACCCUACAUCCGCCGAGACUGUCAUGGUGCACAUGGUACUGGCUGUCAUCAACUUCCAAUUUAGUGCACGAAACCACAACGAGCAGGCACGACACGACUCCAUGGCUCACUAUCAUUACGCCCUGAGCUUCAUCCCAGAUCUGGUCACGGGACACAAGCUGGAGGAUAUUCAGGCCCUGACACUGAUAUGUUCCCAGCUGAGAAAUCAGCCUCGACCAGGUGCCGCGUGGAUGUUCACCAACAUGGUCAUGGGUUUGGCGAUUGAGUCCGGCUUACAUCGCUCCUCUAAAGCCUGGCAGGGCUCCGCCAUGAACCAGGAUCCACAGCGCCUGGAGAUGCGGAAACGCAUAUUCUGGAGUCUGCUCGCUUUCCAUGUCCACAUCAGUGGUAAGCUGGGACGGCCCAUGCCACUGCGUCUAGAAGACUUCGACAUUGAGAUACCUGAGCCACUAUCCGAUCAACUGCCAGACGAGCCCGUGACGUCAAAGUGGAAGCAAUGUUCAUGGCAAGCAGCUAUUGAAGGUUGGAAGCUUCUCAAGAUCAUGAUGCAAGUCUACGCUAGCAUCUAUUCGAUAAAGUCAACAGGCCAGUACGAGAUCAACGUACACACGCUUGAGAAACAGCUCGACGAUUUUCACGCGCAAAUACCGCCAGAGCUUCGAGGUGGUCCACAAACCAAGGAUGAAGACCGUGUGUCAGCGCUGUAUCUGGACAUGUCUGUUGCCGAGUGUCAGCUGCUGUUGCACCAUCCUUCACUAUGUCGCUCUGCUUCACCACAGGUGAUGAGCAGCAACCUGGAUGUGUGCUUGCAUUGGAGCGCCAAGCUUCUGUCAAGCGCAACCCAGCUGAAGGAGCUCAAGAGCCUUGACACUACCUGGUAUUACGGCACAGACUUCCUCGCUGCAAUCUUCACAACACUAUUCGCCAACACCGAACGGCGAGAUCAGAUGGACUCGACCGAUCUGCAACGGCUGAAGCACGACAUGGAUCAAUGGCUCGAUGUCAUGGGCGAGGUCGGCGAUCUUCUUGGCACCGGCUCGGCACUUCAGCAGGCGAUCAAGGCAUUGGUCGACUUUUCGAUAGGGAACAUAAGCCGGCACAUUUCAGCCAAAACCGCCGCCGCUGCCGUGGCUUCAGCAAUAGCACAAUCUCCCACUACGCAGGACUCGACACAAUCGCAGAAUCAGCAAGCAUACGACAACUCCAACAGCACCGGCGGCUACUAUCCAAACGGUACCAAUGGGGACAUCACUGCAGCUCAACAUCAAGGCUAUGCCGAGACACCACAAGUUCACCAGGAGCAGACACAGAACGCAUAUCCGUCAGGUAACCAGUUCGCAACAUAUCCAAACACGCAAUCGAACGGCAUUCCUGGAUCCGCGGCAUACGAUACCGCAGCGUACUCGGGCGAAGAGUCAAAGCCCGUGAUCGAUGCUCAGUACGCUGCCCACGGCGCGACCCAGCAGACGCCACAACCGACCAACUUCAUGGCCGCAUUCCAGCCGCAAGUCACAAACGGCUAUCAGCCAAAUCCACUGAAUCCACUCGCAGGAAGCAUGAACGGUCACCAAGUCUUUCCACACGAGGGUCCAGCAGCCUGGAGGCACUUUGCCACUUCGAUGAUGACCAACGUAAGUGCUCCGGACGACAUGCACUCCGCCGGUCUAAUGGCUUCCAGCAGCAGCCAUGGUAGCUCGGCGGAGCCACCCAUCGACCUCACUGCUGCCGCGGCCAUGGGAAACCUGCAGAUGCCCACGGGACAGAUGGGCAAUGCCUGGCCGUUCGUACAGUAUGGCGGUGUUGGGACUGGUCAUGGCCAUCGAUGA